AUGCAUUCCAACACCAUUGCUUGUCUUAUUGGGCUGUCGGUAUUAAUCUGCGGAACGUUCAUUGGAGCUGCAUCGGCCAACCAACCGUGCCAGGGCGUCCGGAAUGGCUAUUUCGUACGCGAUAAGAGCAAUUGCGCAGGGUACUACUACUGCAACGAGGGUGCGAGCAUCCUCAACCUUUGCCCGGGUGACUUCUACUUCAACGAGCUGACGCAGAUGUGCGACUAUCCGGAGCGGGUGAACUGCCACAUCUGCCAGCAGCAGACCGGCGUGCAGGUGUCGGCACAUCCGCAGAACUGCAAUCAGUUUAUCGUUUGCUCCGAGGGAUACUCGUCCAUUGGCCAGUGCAUCGAGGGUUACGCGUUCGACGGCCGGCAGAGAGUCUGCAAUCCGAGCUCGCGGGUCAACUGCAGCUCAUCCCGCUGCCCGGAGCAAGACAACCCCAACCAGAUCGUGUAUCUGCCCGGCGUGGAGAGCUGCGAGGAGUACUUCAUCUGUCAAUCGGGUAUGGCGGUGCAGAAGUUGUGCGCACCCGGACUAUUCUGGGACGCGAUCAAGGAGCGAUGCGAUUUUUCGCAGAACGUUUCGUGUAACCUUAAAAACUAG